AUGAAGGAGGUCCGCCGCCCGUCUUUGCCUCCUCUCUGCGUCCUUGUUGCUCCUCCUCCUCUCUCUCUCUCCGCACCUAGCAGUGCAGCAGCCGGGACAAGGGGAAGGAGCAGCCCGACCCAGCUCCAUCUCUCUCUGGAUGAGCAGGUGGCGAGGGAAGCCACCACGGCUAGUGGCGGUGCUGCACAGGAACGUACACUCCAGGUCUCCAUCCUGUCUCACGAUCCCUUUCCGUUUCAGUGUUGUUCUUUUUUCUCUUGGUGUGCACUCUCCUGCAUCUCGCGCGGGAGGGAGUGGUGGUGA